GUAGAAGGGGAUAGAGUGUAGAAUAGAUAGAUUAUAGAUAGAAGAUAGAGAGAAAGAGAAGAAGUUGAGGCGGCGGGUGUGGAGAGGAUUGAGGAGUGUUGUUAUUAUUUAUUAAUUUAUUUAUAAUCAUUCACAAUAGAGUUUGUUUGAGUGAAUGAAAUGAAAUCAAUGGCGUCUCAAUCCAGCAACAUAUGGGUAUUGUUGGGUCUCGGUUUAGCCGGAAUAUAUGUUUUAACAAGAAAGCUUAAACAAACCGUCAAACUGGAUUUCGGUGCUUUCAUUCAAAAGCUUCAGUUGCUUCCUCCUCCACCACCUGCUCCUCCCAAAGCUCCUCACCCACUCACCGCUCUCACUUUCGCCAUUUCCGACCUAUUUGACAUAGAAGGACAUGUGUCGUCGUUUGGACAUCCAGAAUGGGCAAGGACUCACGAAGCUGCUUCUUCUACAUCUCCUUCUGUUUCUACUCUUGUUGAAGCCGGUGCAACAUGCCUUGGUACUACCGUUCUUGACGAAUUCGCUUACGGUAUCAGUGGCGAAAAUAAGCAUUUCGGAGCGCCUACCAAUCCCGCUGUCCCUGCUCGAGUACCGGGUGGUUCCUCUAGUGGUGCUGCUGUCUCUGUUGCCGCCAAUUUCGUUGAUUUUUCAUUGGGCGUCGAUACUUCUGGAGGGGUGAGAGUACCUGCUGGAUUCUGUGGGAUUCUUGGAUUUCGACCUUCACAUGGAGCUGUUUCUCACGUGGGAAUCAUACCUGUUUCAACAAGUCUGGACACUGUUGGUUGGUUUGCAAAGGAUCCUGAUGUAUUGCGUCGAGUUGGGCUUAUACUUUUGCAAGCACCAUUUGGAAUGCAACGCAGUCCUCGACAAAUAAUUAUAGCCGAUGACUGUUUUCAACACCUAAAUGUUCCUCUUGACAGGAGUUCUCAAGUGGUGAUCAAAGCCACUGAGAAGGUUUUCGGAAAGCAAGUAUUGAAGCAUAUAAAUCUUGAGGAUUAUAUAAGUUCUAAAGUUCCCAGCUUGAAGGCAUAUAGCCAGAAAUCAAAUGGUCAACUGAAAUCUUCUUCGUUAAAAUUACUUGCCAGUAUUAUGCAACUUCUACAAAGACAUGAAUUUGGACAAAUACAUGAUGAGUGGAUGAGCAUAGUAAAACCCGAACUUCAUCCAGCUGUUUCAGCACAAUUGCAUGAAAAAUUUGAGGUUUCUGAUGUAGAGAUUGAAAACUCUAAAUCUGUUAGAAGUGAGUUGCGUGUUGCUGUAAAUUCACUUUUGAAGGACGAAGGAAUUCUGGUGAUCCCUACUGUAGCUGAUCCUCCUCCAAAAUUAGGUGGAAAGGAGUUCCUAUCUCAAGAUUAUCAGAGCCGUGCAUUGAGCCUGCUAAGUAUUGCUAGCAUAUCAGGUUGCUGUCAGGUCACAAUACCAUUGGGAUUUUAUGACAAGUAUCCUAUUUCAGUGUCUUUGAUAGCCCGGCAUGGUGGUGACCGCUUUUUGCUGGACACACUAAAGACUAUGUAUACAAUUCUCCAAGAGCAGGCUGAUAUUGCUGCCACAAGUAAAUCAUCAAAAAAUGUUGUCAGCAAGGAACAAUCUGCUGAGAUUGCCAAAGAGAAGGGAAAUCAAGCCUACAAAGAUAAGCAGUGGCAGAAAGCCAUUGGUUUUUAUACCGAAGCUAUUAAACUCUGUGGUGAUAAUGCAACAUACUACAGUAACAGGGCUCAAGCGUAUCUAGAACUUGGCAGUUAUCUCCAAGCUGAGGCAGAUUGUACAAAAGCAAUAAGUCUUGACAAAAAGAAUGUGAAAGCCUACUUUCGUAGAGGCACAGCUAGAGAGAUGCUUGGCUACUACAAAGAAGCAAUUGAUGAUUUUAAAUACGCCCUUGUACUUGAGCCAACCAACAAAAGGGCUGCUUCAGCUGCUGAAAGGUUGAGGAAGUUAUUUCUGUAGGCACAUAAUUGGGAAUACAAGUUUUGAGAGCUGAAUAAUUGGUCUUUGUUGGGGGACACAAGCUGAUGCAUGGUGCUGGUAUUCAUGCCUUGAGAUAAUUGACGAGUUUCUUGUUACAAUUAUCAUACAGGAGGAAUCUGAUUUGUGGUUUCUGCAAAGAUAUGAAAUUGAUUCUUUAGUCAUUCGGGGCUCGGUAAUUGAUACCUGGAAACCAGAAUGUAUCCCAAUUUUGCUUGAGGUAAAUAUUUAUUAGGAUUGUAAUGUCAGAGUGAGGUGAAUGCUCUUUGACAAUAUAGCUCAGGAUUCGGCUUUGCAUUUUAUUGUACUUCACGGGAUUUUAAUCUUUGCUCAAGUACGUUCAUUUGUUAGUGCUUAGUUAUUAGUUAUAUGUUACCGACUUUAAGAGACAAGUUGUACGCAUAAUUUGUUUACUGGUACUUUGCAGUAGGAAAAAGGUAUAACCACAAUCGCAUGCCAAUAGUAAGUUAUGUUAACGGCUAGAAA